AUGACGAAAGCCGCCCGUUUUGAAGCCCUAGAGGCUACCGUUCGACAAAGCAACGAAUUGCUUGUUAAACGCGUCGACCAUAUUGCUGCGGAGCACAGUGUGCUGCUCGCCAAAGUUGAGAAACUUGGUGCUGCUGUCCUUGAAAGCCACCGUUCAAUCCCCGCAUGCCCGAUGGACGCUGUGGGGAGUUUGCCACUGUGCUCAGAAGACAGCCUGGCUCAUUUCCUGCAAGGCUUCAAGUCAGAAAAAGAUUAUCUGCAACAAACGGUCGAUGGCUUAAUCAAGAUUGGUGGACGGGAUGAGAAGGACAUUAUAAGAAGCAUUCUGUCGCGGAUUUUAGGGCCACCCCUUAUCUUGCAAUUUACUUAUUCAAGGGCUGCUAAGAACAAAAUGUCCUUCAUUGGGAAGGCCGUCCGACAACAUCCGGACUUGCGCACAGUUGAUGAAAAAUUUGUCCGCAACACCAUCAUAGAAUGGUUCCACGGGUCUCGUGACCGCUAUGGUGGGGUGCGAGGGAAGCGGAGGGAUGUUGUUCACGGAGGAUUCCUGGAAUUACUAAACUCUGAGGACACGUUGAUUUGA